AUGGCGUUUCUGGGAGGAUCAUUGCGCGUGACGAGGAGCAUUAGCAGCCGGAAGAUGAUGGAAGGGAAGAAGAGCCACGGCGCGUCCGGGUUGUGGCGGCAAGCACCGGCGCCCGUGAGGCAGCUGUUCUGGAGGGUGAGGCGCUCCAUGCUACGGCCGAAGCGCCGUGCCGUGAGUUUCGGGUACGACCUCAAGAGCUACUCCCAGAACUUCGACGACGGCCUCGUCCCUGUCCACCGUCUCUAG